AUGCAACUCCGUACCGCGGACGUGCGGUCCCUCCACCGCUAUGACUUAUUCCCCGAUCUGCUUGAGUAUCUCACAGAGUACGUCGGAGACGGGAGAGCACGUGCCGUGGCUCUGGAACCUCUGCGCCGCUUUCUGCGACUGUGUAUGGAGCGCGCCGCUGACGGGCGCGUGCCGACGUAUGAGGACUACGCGGAAGAGCCAACCGUGAUGUACAGCAUCUCUAUUGCACUUGGCUUCUUGGAGAAGAAUAUCGCGAUGGGACUCACCGAGAAGGCAACGAAGCUGUUGAAGUAUACGGGCGCCUUGUUCUCUCUGCAAGCGGCGGCCGCGCUCAUACGAGUGGGGCGUGAAAAGUUCAAGACUCUGUUCGAUGACGAACUCGGGCUACGGAUGCUCAUGACCCCGGUCAAUCGGCUUGCACGGUUCUUGUCCGAUCGGCGCUCCAGCGAGGAGUACCAACGCGCAUGGGAAUCUGUGCACGAUUUUACGUUCAGCGUGCUAUUUUCUCUGCGCUGCGUCUACAGUAUCGGCGGCGUAGUUCCGGACCAGACGAACUUUUGGCUGCCGCUGACGAGCAACACCGCAUGGAACUGUUCCGCUUACUUGCAACUCCUGUACACCGCUUUCUGGCGGCCCGCUCUACCAGAAAUCAGCGAGCGCUGGGUCUUAGGCGGUCUCUUCUUAACGGCGGAGGCGAUGGCCGGGGCUGAGGUUGCGGUCGUGUUGCAAUUCCAAGAGAUCAUCGCGCUGCGUAGGCGCGGCUUCAAGGUGUCAAACCCUACGGAGUUAGGCGCUACGCAGCUCUACGCAAUGAGGCCACUUCAACACGACUGGUCCGCUUUGCGAUACAUCUGCUCCAACGUACAGUGUGCGAAGUUCACCGGUACUUACACGGUACGCUGA